CAAUAAAAUAAUUUGAGUGCCCGACCGUCCAUUUAACUAAAGAAGGAACAAUAAAACGCUAAUAAAUAGGUACAAAAAAAAAAAUAAUUAAAAAUUGGCAAAAACUAGCAGUGCGAAUUCGAUAUUGUUAAGUGUGUUGAAACAUUAAAAACAUUUACUUUAGUACGCUACCAACAACUGCUAUUUGUUUAACAGAGUGUAUUUAUGCAAAUCACACAAACAACACACUCGAUGUGAGUCAUAGUUCGUGUCGGCCCAUCUGCACCUAUCCAAUUGAGUUCCAGCACUUCCGCCCCCGCCACCCAACUAUCGAUCCUCUUUCGAUUUUAUUUGGUCUCUCCUACGAUCAGUUCACCGGUCGGUUUAUUACCCAAAUCUAAAUAAUUGCCCCGACCUAGCGCGCCGACCGGUCGAAAUCGAAACUCAAUCAAAAUGGAUCACAGGGCUAUUGCCAGUCAAGUGCGAGAUCUGCGAACAGCAUUCGAUCUCUUGGACAGAAAUCGUGAUGGUCGCGUAACAGCAAAUGAGCUGCAAUUUAUGUUAAAAAAUCUUGGCAUAAAUGUGCGAGACGAAAUCAUACACGAUCUCAUACGGGAAGCAAGCCAUUCUG